AUGAUGAACACUCUUGAAGACGUCCCAUUUGGGACACCGCUGGGGUCACUGGGACAGGACAUAUACUUGAUGACACCGCCGGACAUUUCGGUGCCAGACUGUCCUCAGAUUAUGCGGGAAACUCAAUAUGCCUUCAGUCUGGAGAAACUGAUCUUAACUGGUCAGCAACCUGCCUACCAGUCUCCAUCCUGUCCCCCCUACUGGCUAAUGUUCAGCAGCCCUAACGAGUCCUGGCGGACGGCACACGAGACCAGCGACCCUCGGGGCUCAAAACUUCGGCGCCGUAGUUCCAGCCUGAACUCGGCGGACGCCCGCCGGCCGCACCGCCGAGGCCUCGGUUUCCGCAGAUCCGACUCGGAUGAAGAAGACGGCUACUGCGAGGACAACGAAGGCUCAUCCCCUGAAGAUGGUCUUUUUGAUUCUGCCAAGGGUCGAGAGCGCCCCCGCAGCGCUGCCAUCUCCAGGGUCAAGGACGGGCAUGUGGGUUUUCCUUCUCAGUGUCGCUGGCCGGAAAUGGCAGCCAAGAGUCACAGAGGCACCUCGACAUCUCCCGAGUCCAGUCCUCUCCGGCCGGAACAGAAGAGCACCAAGAAGCGGCAUCGUGCACAGAGUGCCACGGGCAGAUUACAUCCUCAAAAUACUCCAGGAGCCGGCUCUACCCGAGGCAGGCUGCAACAACAACGACCUUCCUCUGCGGGCCCUGUCAUUAAAAACUGCAGGCAAAAUGCUUUCAGGACUGGAGGCUUCCUUGACUCGGCAACAGAGUUGCUGUCUGCACUCAGCCAAGAAGAGAGGGAGCUGCUGGAAGCCGUCACAGACAGGGGAUACCCUUUGCGUUCUGCCAUCUUGGCUUUGCAGAAGACUGGAUACAACAGCCCAGAUAAGCUCUUAAAGUACUUGGCAGCCUGCAAUCACCUGUGCGAGUUGGGCUACGAUGAAGCUCAAGUAGAAGAAGCUUUGGAGAUGUUCCAGAGCUGUGAGAGCAAGGCCGCAGAGUUUUUGCGCCUCCUCACUCAGUUCAACGAGAUGGGCUUCCAGCAAAGUGCCAUCAAAGAAGUACUGCUUGUUCAUGAAAAUCAUCGGGAAAGAGCUCUCGAAGAACUGAUGACUCGCACGACUUAG